UGGCGUGCUUCGGCGGGCCGGACGGGCGGAGAGCAGCGCUGCAGCAGGAGAGCGCCCUCGCCGUGCCAGCCAGGCAUCCGCGCAACGCCCAGCCGCCGCCAUGAAGUGCAGCGAGAAGUUCAAGAUCGUGGACCGCGUGCUGACCGCCUGGUUCAAGAAGUUGGGCCACGCGGUCGGCCGGCGCCCCGGCUACUUCGUGAUCGUGCCACUCUUUCUGACGGCGCUCGCCGGCACCGGGUUCCAGCGCAUCCACUACGAGGAUGACCCGGAGUACCUUUUUUCGCCGCUGACCGGGCGCGCCAAGCAGGAGCGCGCCAUAGUGCAGAAGUACUUCCCCAACAACUUCAGCGCGUUCAACGCCGGCCGCAUGACCGACCUCGGCAAGUUCGUGCGCCUGUUGGUGACGGCUAAGGACGGCGGCACGCUCUUCCGCCGUGACGUGUUCGAGGAGGUGGUGCAACUGGACCGGCUGGUGACGAACGUGACGGUGGACAGCGGCGAGUCUCGCUGGACGUUCGACGACCUGUGCGCGCGCUGGAACGGCAAGUGCUUGCAGAACUCGAUUGUCACGCUGCUGCCUUACCUGGACGAUGUGCUGAGCGGCAAUAUCAGCCUGACAUACCCCGUGUGGUUCAGCGACUCGUACGACGUGUUCGUGUUCCCGGCCUUCCUCGGCUCGCCAGAGGUCUCCAAUGAAGGCCUGCUUGGAGAGGUGCCGGCGCUGCAGCUGCUCUACUGGGGCUCCAAUCACUCGGACUUUGACAUCAACAUAUCUCUCAAAUGGGAGUUCGAGGUGCUCAGGGUACUGGAGGAGGCGCUCGACGAUUUCGAGCACAUCAACAUCGCGCGCUUUACGUCACAAACGCUGCAGACCGAGCUGGAAGACAACACCAUCUCCAUCAUGCCGUACAUGAUGGUGACGGUGGCCAUCAUGGUGCUGUUCUGUAUCGUGACGUCCAUGAUGGGCGACUGGGUGCGCUCCAAGCCGCUAGUGGGUCUGCUGGGCGUCAUCAGCGCCACUCUGGCUACCGGCACCGCCUUCGGCAUUCUCAUGUACGCCGGUCUGCCCUUCAUCGGCAUCAACCUGGCCGCGCCAUUCCUCAUGCUCGGCAUCGGGAUUGACGACACGUUCGUGAUGCUGGCGGCGUGGCGGCGGACGCGGAUCCAGGACUCGGUGCCAGAGCGGCUGUCGCACGCGUACGAGGAAGCGGCCGUCUCCAUCACCAUCACAUCCCUCACCGACAUGUUCUCCUUCUGGGUCGGCGCCAUCACGCCCUUUCCCAGCGUCCAGAUCUUCUGCGUCUACACCGGCAUGUCAGUGGUGCUCACCUAUCUCUGGCACAUCACCUUCUUCGGCGCGUGCAUGGCGCUCUUCGGUUACAUGGAGGAGAACGGUCAGCAUAGCGUCACGUUCGCGCCCGUGCUCCCCGUCUCAGAGUCAGAGGACCGGUCCAUCUGGUAUCGCAUGUUCUGCUCGGGGGGAAUAUCAAAGACAGACCCAUGGAACAAGAAGGACAACAAAGACCAUGUUAUCAUGGUGUUCUUCAAGGACGGAGUGGCGCGCCUUCUGAACAUUCCCGCCAUAAAAGCGUUCGUCAUCAUGGUGUUCCUGGUCUACCUGGGCGUGGCCAUCUGGGGCUGCACCAUGGUGAAGGAGGGCCUCGAGCGCCGGCGACUCUCCAAAGACAACUCCUACUCGGUCCAGUUCUACGACGUCGAGGACAAGUACUUCAGGGAGCACCCGUAUCGGGUUCAGAUCAUUGUCGAAGGGGAGCUCAAUUACUUCGACCCGGUGGUGCAGGAGCAGGUGGAGACGCUGAUGCAGACCUUCGAGAACUCCUCUUACGUGGAGGGGGACUUCUACACUGAGUCGUGGCUGCGGGAGUGGACUGUCUUCGUCACGACCAGCCAUGAUAUCCUCAACAUCAACGUCACCAGCUACGGAAGCUGGCUGGACAGCCUCAAAACGAUCUUUCUCAACGACGCCAGCCAGUUCAGCAGGGACGUGGCGUUCGACGAGACGGGACAGAAGAUCGUCGCCUCACGGUUCAUCAUUCAGACCAAGCAUGUCAACAACACGCUGGAGGACAAGGACAUGAUGCUGGAGCUGCGGCGCAUUUGUCGGGAGUCGGAGCUCAGCUGCUCCAUCUUCCACCCGCUCUUCGUCUUCUUUGAUCAGUUUGUGCUGGUGCGGACCGUCUCCAUCCAGUCUAUCAGCAUCGCGGCCGGCAUCAUGUGUGUCGUCUCCCUCAUCUUCAUCCCCAACCCCAUCUGCUCGCUCUGGGUGGCCUUCAGCAUCCUCAGCAUCGAGAUCGGCGUCAUCGGCUACAUGACGCUGUGGGACGUCAACCUGGAUAGCAUCUCGAUGAUCAACCUCAUCAUGUGCAUCGGUUUCUCGGUCGACUUCUCGGCGCAUAUCAGUUACGCCUACAUGUCUGCCCACGGCCGGUCGGCCGACGAGCGAGUGGAGAGUUGUCUGCACGCUCUCGGGCUGCCCAUCCUUCAAGGCGGCUUUUCCACCAUCCUGGGCGUAUCAACGCUCUACUUCGCGCCUUCCUACAUCUUCGUCACCUUUUUCAAGACGAACUUCCUGGUCAUUUUCUUCGGCAUGGUGCACGGCAUCUUCCUGCUGCCGGUGUUGCUCUCGCUCUUCGGCCCCGGCUCCAACUGCUGCGGCGCUGGUGGCCACAUCGAGCCCGAGGAGACCGACAAGUCGGCGGCGCCACCCGGCGGCGACGGCAUCUACUACCUCAGCGGGGGCCGCAUCGCCACGCUGCACGGCACCAAGGCCUGCCAGCUCCCGUUGCGUAUUCCCCGGCCUCAGAGCAACGGCACGGCGCUGUCGCGUGGCGGCCGGACCGACUCAGCCGUUCGCCUGCAGACGGGAGCGUUCACGGUGGCCGAGCAGGACUCGCCGCCGCCGGCGCUGGCCGCCAAAGCCGAGCAGGGCUCGCUCGAGAAGGACCUCGGCCUCGGCACGUCCGGCGAGGACAGCAGCGAGAGCAGUCUGUCGAAGGGCGCGAGCAAGGGCGGCGCGGCGCCGGCCGCCGCGCGCCGCGGCCACCGGCCCAAGUCGGCGCCCCUCUCGCUCCUCGAGAUGUAUAACAACGCCGGCUACGUCAGCGACGACGAGACCAGCAGCCCGCGCCGGCCGCGACCGGCCGGUGCGCGCGGAGGUGUCAAGUAACGCGUUGCACCAGUCGCCACAACCGAGCUAGUCAGCUACGGCGCCGGGCCAGAGCGGCAUGGGAGUACCCGACGCGCGCGCCGCCUGGGGACGCACUCUGAACUCAGGGCUGUGCCGGGCACCGCGAGAGGCGCGAUGCUCGCGGGCUCGACGCGCGCCGCGCGGUGCUGCCGCCACGAGGUGUCGCCCCGCGCGCCGCCAGCGGCAUGUGUCGCUGCGGUCUGUUGCCGCGGCACGUGCUGUCCACGCUGCCGGCCAAUGCCACGGGCUCGUGCGAGAAACCCUGGCGCCCUGACCCAGCGGACAGUGCAGCCGAGCUUGUUGAAAUUCUGAUGCAUGAGUGACACAUUACAAUCAAACGCAUGCCAUCAUAAUGUAAUGUAACGUUAGGUCGUUGGUCGUUCAUAUCGCACCCGUCCGGGUCUGUUACUCAUCCCUGACCUUGUGUGUGCAUGCGCCCUCUGUCUUCGCCGUGGUGCGUCGCUGGGGGCGUUUGUACCAGCGUGAUGCUCCUACCAACGCGACAGCGCGCCCCUUGGUAAGUGCCUGCAGCGAGGUGGCGGGGCAGAUCGUCGCCAAAGGCCGAGGUCACCCAGUCACCAGCUGGCUCUCUGGCGGGGCCUCGUGACGUCGCAUAGACCGGAUGGUCCUUGGUUCGUCCACAAUGACCAGGUGGACCGGGGCGAUCUGGUUUUGCUCGCAGUCUCGGGCUUCCUCAGGACUUGGCUCGGUAGGCCUGUGCCACGGCUGUCUGUCCUGCAUCUCUCUGCUUAAUGCUGUGGCUGCCAAACGUGUGCAACGGUUGCAGUCGCGCGUGACUGAGAUACGCGCCUCCAUAUACGGAACUGCUCAACGCGUCCCAGUCACCGACGAUUAUGACGUCAUUGUUAGUGUCGCGUACGCGGGAAAUAUACUAUUUGUACAGAAAA